AUGAAUUAUUUAAGCUUAUCAGGAAUCAGUCAUACAUACAUAAUAUAUUUGUCUAGAUCAUUAAAAAAAAAUUAAUUAGUUUCUAUGAUUUUUUUAAUGAAUAUCUUCAAAUUUAUUAAAAGUUACUUUAUAAAUGAAAGAGAUGACCUAUUUUAUGAUCCUAAGAGCGUAAAUAUGAUCAUAAAGCUAAAUAUAGAGAACUAAGAUCUAAACAAAAGUAGAAGAUUAAUUUUCGAUUUAGAAUAUAAAGACAUAAACGCAGAAAGUAUAAAUGACCUAAAUAUAAUAUGCAAAAAUACUGAACUAAAUUAUUUACAAUUAAAGCUUGACCAUAACUUUUUAGAAGAUGAAGGAGUUUAAAGAUUAAUGAAAAUAGUAAUAUGCUUUAAGAAGCUACAAGUCCUACAUCUACAUUUGGGAAAUAACUAUUUUGGAGAAUAGGGAGCAAGACACAUAAGCAUAGGAUUAUAAAAGUUAGCAGAAAUGAAAGAGUUAAAACUAGUUAUUUUUAAAAAUAUUAUCUAUCAAGCAGGGGCUUUCCACAUUUCUGAUAUUUUGUAAUCUACUAGUAAACUGCAAGUACUCUCUUUAAAUUUAGUUGAAUGCAAUAUAAAUUCAACUGGCUGGUAGCAAAUAUCCAAAAAUCUUAGAUUACUCACUUAAUUAAAGCACCUAAAUAUAAUCUUAACAAAUAAUAAUAUAGAUGAAUAAGGAAAUACUGAUUUCUGUGAUUUCAUAUAAAAUAAUAAAACAAUUGUUAGCUUAGAGCUCAGUCUAGUACUAAACUAUAUUGGGUAAGGCAUUAUAACUCUUUAAAAUGCACUAAUAAAAAACUAAGUUUUGAGGGUGCUUUCCUUAGUGCUUUUUUCUACUGCAGAAAAGCAAAGACUUAAUUAAACUAGAAAAAAAAUAUAAAAAUGCUGCAAGAGAUUAGUAAUGUAUAAUUACAUUUUUUGA